CUGCCGGCUCCACGCGUCUCUUUUCUCCUUCCUCUCCAUUCACCAAUCACCAGCACAAAAAUAUCUUUUUAGCCAUCGCCGAUCGAGAUUAUUUUAGUAAAUUUAACCUCCGGUUCGCCUUUUCCGUUCUCUUCGGUUCUUCCGGUUUGGUAAGAGUCCUUUCUCUCUUUCAUUUUCUGCCCUUAUAUUGGCUACCGUUCCCCUUUCAUGAUUUCUUAUUGUACUAGAACCCUAACUUUGCAGAAAUCUCGAUCUAUUGUUAAAUUCUCCUAACCCUGGGCUUAAACGUUGAAAUUUCUUCUAUCGUUUGGUUAGCAGAAUGUUUUGGCUUUGUACAUAAAUUUCAAGAUUCGUUUUGUAGUUUUUUUUUUUAGUUCUUUGCGGAUCAUCUUGAUUGUCAUUGGAUGGUCAUUGACAAUCUAAAAAUGUCUAGUUUAUUAUGAUUCGUGUAUAGUUUUUUCUUUUGAACUUCCUUCAAAUCCAAAUCAACAGUUGUUCUCAAUAAAAAAAAAUCGAAAAACGAAAUAAAUUGUAAAAAAAAUGUCGUCUGGUGGUGUUGCCCUCAGUCCACUUCAAAAUGUUCCUCUACUGCCUUCAGAGUUGGUCGAUGCCGUAUCACCCCCCUCCUCCAAUGACUAUAUCUUAAUACAGCUCUCUGUUGGUGGGUCUAUGAUGCCAAUGCGUCUUUCAGGGUCUGAUUCCAUUGAAUCUGUGAAGCUACGGAUUCAGUCCUGUAGAGGGUUUGUUGUCAAGAACCAAAAACUUGUUUGUGGAGGCCGCGAGCUAUCGCGGAGCAAUUCCCUUAUCCGUGACUAUGGUGUCACUGAUGGGAAUGUUCUGCAUUUGGUUCUUAGGCUUUCUGAUCUUCAGGUUAUAAAGGUAAAGACUGCACACGGGAAAGAAUAUACAUUUUGUGUGGAGCGAGGGAGAGAUGUUGGGUAUGUGAAACAACAGGUUGCAAAGAAGGAGAGGCAGUUUGAUGACCUUGACGAGCAUGAGGUUGUUUGUGAUGGUGAGGCACUCGAGGAUCGGUGGCUUAUAGAUGAUAUCUGUAAAUAUAAUAAUAAUGAUGAUGCUGUGAUUCAUUUUUUGGUGAGGAAAUCAGCAAAAGUUCGGACAAAGGCUGUGGAGAAGAAUUUGGAGUUGUCUAUUGUGGCACCGCGAUUGAAUGAUGAGGAGAUUGCUAGGAAAGAAUACGCUGUUGCUAGAAGACAAUACGAUGCUGGUGAAGAGAAUGAUGAGAGAAAUCAUGCUGUUAAUAUGCAGAUUGUACGAAGAAAGCCUCCUGAUAGAGAUUUUCUAUUGGAGCCAAUUAUUGUUAAUCCCAAAAUUGAAUUGCCCUCUGUGCUUUGUGAUAUGGUAAAUGCUACCUUUGAUGGAUUAGAGAAUGGGAAUAAUCCAAUCAGAUCUAUGGAGGGAACGGGUGGGGCUUAUUUCAUGCAGGAUUCUUCUGGACAGAAGUUUGUUUCUGUUUUUAAGCCAAUUGAUGAGGAACCUAUGGCUGUGAACAACCCUCGAGGACUACCUUUGUCACCUGAUGGUGAAGGGUUAAAGAAGGGUACCAGGGUGGGAGAAGGAGCUUUAAGGGAAGUUGCAGCUUAUAUUUUGGAUCAUCCAAAGAGGGGACGCAGAUCCUUGUUCGGUGAUGAGAGUGGUUUUGCGGGGGUUCCACCUACGGUUAUGAUCAAGUGCUUCCAUAAGUGGUUUAACCAUCCAGACGAUGUAGCAGUCAAAAUUGGGUCCUUGCAGAUGUUUAUUGAGAAUGAUGGAAGUUGUGAAGAUAUGGGUCCAGGGGCUUUCCCUGUUGAGGAAGUUCAUAAAAUAUCGGUUCUGGAUAUAAGAAUGGCAAAUGCGGAUAGGCAUGCUGGGAAUAUUUUGCUGGGUAAAAAUGCGGAAGAUGGACAGACUAUGCUGAUUCCAAUAGAUCAUGGAUACUGCUUGCCUGAAAGUUUCGAGGAUUGCACAUUUGAUUGGCUCUACUGGCCUCAAGCUCAUCAACCUUUUGACGCUAGUACUGUUGAGUACAUAAAAUCACUGGACGCAGAAGAGGAUAUUGCUCUUCUGAAGUUUCAUGGAUGGGACAUGCCGGUUGAAAGUGCGCGGACACUUCGCAUCUCCACCAUGCUUCUGAAGAAGGGGGUGGAGAGGGGUUUCACCCCCUUUGCUAUUGGAAGCAUAAUGUGCAGAGAGACCUUGAAGAAGGCAUCUGUUAUUGAGGAGAUUGUCCAAGAAGCAGAGGAUUCUGUACUUCCUGGCACAAGCGAAGUUGCGUUCCUUGAGACAGUAUCACACAUCAUGGACCGUCGCCUUGAUGAGAUGCUGGAGUCUCUGCGUUGACGGAUUUCUAAAUUUGGUAGAUAACAUUGGUAUAUAUGUGUAUAUGUACAUAUGUUAUCGUACAUAUACAUUUAUGGCGGGAUUUUCAAUUACAUCGUAGUUUCUUUCCCCUGUUUUCAAAUUCUUUCGACUUCAAGACUAUUUGAUAGAAUUUCAUUUGUUUCUGAUUGAUCUGAAGAUGAGAAUCUGAUUCUUUUAUCUUGAAUGUACUACACUUCAAUGUUGAAAGUAACUUGUAGUUUCCAUCAGCAGCAUCUACGUGAUGAAUGUUUAGCA